AUGUCAUUCCUGGCCGGUUUGCUCGGUCCGAUUCGGCCCGGUCAAGUGGUGACAGUACAAGCGCACACAGGCACGGACGGAAGCACAGACACACGGCGAUCCACUCACAGAUUGAGUCGUCGAGGACCGCCGUGCAACAGUCUCGGGGUUCAUGAGACCCGCUCGCCUAAAUUGCUGCUCAAAAAGGGGCUUAAGCCAAACCACAAGCUCAACAAUAGUCAACCAUAG